UUAGUUUUAACCUCACCGCUGUCAGUGUCAGUCGUCAUCGCAAAUUGCAUAUGUUUUUUUUUGCUAACCCUUGCCUUUUUAAUAUAAAACAUGUUAGAUUUAUUCACAAUAUUUAGUAAGGGAGGCAUUGUGUUAUGGUGCUUUCAAAGUACUAGUCAAAUAUUUACGCCAUCGAUAAACGCUUUAAUAAAAACUGUUAUCCUACAGGAACGUACUGGAAGCAAUUCAUUUGAUCGUGAUGGAUUAACCUUGCAGUAUAAGUUGGACAAUGAAUUCGAUUUAGUCUUCGUUGUCGCAUACCAAAAGAUCUUACAACUGUCGUAUGUCGACAAAUUUUUGAACGACAUUCAUUUAGAGUUCCGUGACAAGUAUAAAAAUGACCUCACAAACACCACAUGUUUUCGAGAAUUCGAUUUCAUGUCUACCUUCAACGAGACCUUACAGGCUGUCGAGCGUUGGUCAAAAUCGCAGGCCAAGGUGCCUAAGCAAAUGAAAUCGUAUGAAGAGUCAAUUAAGUCUAAGAAAACUGUCGCCUCGAUGAUCGAACGAAAAGGUGAAGAUAAGAAUAAGACCAAUAAAAAGAAGCUAGUUAAUUUCGCACCAGAUGCCGGUGUAGAGAACUCAAAACCAAUUUCACCUGAAAACAAUGUACAAAACGGUAGUAUUGAUGAAGAUACUAUUGCUAAUAAUAGACUAAAAUUUGCCAUGAAAAUGGGUGGUAAGAAAAAAUCUGACACAAAAAAGAGCCCCAAACCCGAAAAGGAGAAAGCUGGAAAGAAACCGCGAGUUUGGGAGCUGAGCGGUUCGACGCAAGAUGUGCAAUCUUUAGAACGGACUGUAGACAAACCCGAAGACAUGCAGAGCCACUACACUGCUGAUGAAGAGUUUGUAGGGCAAAUGAAAGGGAGUAUAAAGGAUAUUGAGAUUGACUCAUCAAGUGAAGAAGAAGAUGAAGAAGAAGAAGUACAGGAGCAGAAAACAAAAAAAAGUCCUUCCAAGGGUGGUAUGUUUUCGUUAUUUAAAAGUUUGGUCGGUUCAAAAAGUCUCACCAUGGAUGACAUGAAGCCCGUUUUGGAGAAGAUGAAGGACCAUCUAAUCAUGAAGAACGUUGCCGCCGACAUAGCGAUCAAGCUCUGUGAUUCGGUCGCCACCAAAUUGGAGGGGAAGGUUUUGGGUACGUUCGAAAGUAUUGCCAGUACGGUUAAGAACACGUUAACGGAGUCUUUGGUGCAAAUUUUAAAUCCGGAAAGGCGCGUCGACAUUUUGAGAGAUUGCAUGGAGGCGCAGAAACACGGAAGGCCUUACGUUAUGGCGUUUUGCGGCGUCAACGGUGUGGGUAAAUCGACGAACCUGGCGAAAAUUUGUUUUUGGUUGAUCGAGAAUAACAUGCGAGUGCUGAUUGCGGCAUGCGAUACGUUUAGAGCGGGCGCUGUUGAGCAAUUGCGUACGCAUAUGAGGCACUUGAAUGCUUUACAUCCGCCGGAACGCCACAAUGGACAGCAGAUGGUUCAGUUGUACGAAAAGGGUUACGGAAAGGACGCCGCGGGUAUUGCAAUGGAAGCAAUUCGUUAUGCGAAAGAUAUAAAGAUUGACGUUGUGCUUAUCGACACCGCGGGUCGUAUGCAGGACAACGAACCACUGAUGCGCGCAUUAUCAAAACUGAUCAAAGUGAACGAGCCUGACUUGGUUUUGUUCGUGGGAGAAGCACUAGUUGGAAACGAGGCUGUGGAUCAGUUAGUUAAGUUUAAUCAAGCUCUUGCCGAUUUCUCUUCCAGCUCCAAUCCUCAUAUUAUCGAUGGAAUGGUACUAACAAAAUUUGAUACCAUUGAUGAUAAGGUCGGAGCGGCAAUUUCAAUGACAUAUAUCACGGGACAACCCAUUGUAUUUGUAGGAACUGGACAAACUUAUACAGAUUUAAAAUCACUUAACGCUAAAGCAGUCGUUCAUGCUCUUAUGAAAUAAAAAAAUUCCUUUUUUCCAUUUUCACUUGUUAAAAUAAUAUUUUAAUGUUGGUGUUGGAUUUUUUACUUUCGUUUUUAAAUUCUUUAAAAUCGGUAAUUAAGCGUAAGUCUUUAUACCUUCAAGUUUACGCAUGUGUUUAUAUUUUAUAUAAAUUAUGUUAUAUUUUUACAAAAUAUUAGUACUGUUAA